AUGUCGAGCCUGGAAAAGCAGAAACCGCCUGAACGGGGAGUAAUUGGCUGGGUUAAGAAAGUGGCCAAUUUGAUCCUUGCGCAGUAUUUGGUCAUUGGAUUUGCGAUUGCUUGUGUUUUGGGAUACUUCUUUCCAUCUGUUGCUCAACACGGAGGCGUUAUUCGCUCAGAGUAUAGUAUCCUUUAUGGCGCUGUCGCAUUCAUAUUCGUCGUCAGUGGGUUGCAACUGUCGCCAGAGAAGUUGCGCAAGAAUGUGACAAACUGGAGACUGCAUAUUCUAGUUCAUGGGAUUAGUUUUGCGGUUAUACCGGCUAUUGUCCUUGCUAUCGUUCACAUCUCCAUUGCAGCUGGGGCUCUCAAGUCUCAGACACCCUCACCCCCAAUCCUCAUCGGCCUCCUCACAACAGCCUGUCUGCCAACUACCAUCGCCUCCAAUGUUGUCAUGACACGUGCUGCAGGCGGAGACGAAGCCGCCGCCAUCAUCUCAGUUGUCAUCGGCAAUGUUGCAGGGGCGUUUCUUUCUCCCCUGCUAAUCUACGGCUUCUUCCCAACCGGCCAUCCUGAAGAACUCGAUGACUGGCGCCCCGCAAGUCCAGCUACCCUGGGACAUAUGUAUGCGGAUGUCGCUAAGCAGCUCUGUCUCAGCGUCGUUCUGCCACUUGUCGUAGGUCAAGCUAUAAGGUGGAAGUGGGAAGAGCGUACAGUCAAAGUCCUCAACGCUCUCAAAUUGGCAAAGGUAUCGACGUUAUGUCUUGUCCUGCUCGUCUGGACAACCUUCUCUGGAGCUUUCGGUACUGGUGCUUUGGAGGAUCUGUCGACUAGCAAUGUCCUCUUCCUUGUAUUUAUGAAUGUUGGGCUAUAUGCCCUCUUCACGGUUAUUUGCUUCCUUCUUGCAAGACCGCCCGAGAGCUUGGUAAGGUUAGCGUCUUCGUCGUGGCUAGAAAGUGUUUUCAAGCGCAUGUCCAAGGAGCAGACAAUUGCUGUAUGUUUUUGUGGAGCGGCCAAGACAACGAGCUUGGGUAUUCCACUCGUCAGUUCAAUGUGGGCGCGCGCGGAUGAUCUUACACGAGCAUACAUACAGAUCCCCGUGCUGUUGUACACUAUCGAACAGGUAUUCAUGGCCCAGGGAUUAGUAUACGUCUUUCGAUGGUAUAUGCGGCGAGGUAAUAUGCAACAUAUCGACGAGGAGACAGAGCAAGACCCUUGUAUAGAGCGGCAGUCCACGGAAGCACAACAGCAACCUCAUGACCUCUCAAGACAGAUGAUCGCAGAGGACAUGCAACAGAAAAGGCAGCACGUUUCAUGA